CGGACGCUGGAGCACCAACGAGGGGACUAUCCUGCGAAGACUCUCCUGCCGAGGGAACUGAACUGAAUUUGGAGUGACACAGACGCUUCCCCCCGCAGUCCCGCUGCUCUCCCGCGUUUCCUGGAAGUUGAGUGGAAUACAACCUGGAACUUUCCCACCGCUCGGCCCGUAAAGAAAGGCGGAUCCAGCAGUAAGAUGAAACCAGAGCUGGAGGACCAGAAUGGCUGCACACAUUAAACACCUGGAAUUAUACUUUCUUUGAAGACAUCUCACAAAGUUGCCAAAGAGUUCUGGAAGGAACUCGCCUGAACUCCUACAGAAUCGAGUUUGAUUUCUUUCUGUGGAUUAUAAGCAAGGCUGCCAUCAUGCCUAUUCUCAAGCAGCUGGUGAACAACUCUAACCAGUCGAAGCGGCGGUCUCGUGCUGACCUGACUGCGGAGAUGAUCAGCGCUCCGUUGGGGGACUUCCGCCACACCAUGCACGUUGGCAGGGGAGGAGACGCCUUCGGGGACACUUCAUUCCUUAGCACCAGAUCAGGGGAACCUCCCAGGGAGCCGGACACUAAGCAGGGCUCCCCGGGCCCCAAACCAGGGCUGCUGUCCCGCACCUUCAGGAGCAGCAAGCGCUCCCAGUCAGUAAACCGGGGGGACAAGUAUGACUACAAUAUGAUGCCACCUUCUGGUGGCUCAUCCAACUAUGUGAAAAAUGCCAUAUCCCUGCCUUACCUGAACGAUGAGGACACUAAUAGAGGACCCCAGCUGCCGAAGAGCGUUUCCUCAAGCCCCAUGAAGAGGCUGUCGGAGAUCGAAGGCAAGCCGGUAAACGGAGCGGCAGCGAUGGCGACUCUGGAUGCGGAGUUUGACGAGCGUAAUUUCGGUGAACUUACAGAUUUGCCUCCAUCCAUGCCUAAAGGAGGCGGGAUGAAGCACGCCGAGUCCAUGAUGUCCUUCCACAUUGACCUGGGGCCCUCCAUGCUCGCGGACAUCUUGGGCGUGAUGGAAAAGAAAGGCUGGGAGGAGGACGACCUCGGCUACGAGGAAGGCAAGGGGAGCGAGGGCCGCGCGUCGCCCUCCCUCAUUCCCCACAUAGACGAUGACGUGGAGGAGCAGGCGCCGGCGAGGCCGCCUCGCAGCAUGUACCAGCAGAAGGCCAUGGUGGAUCCCUACACCCCGGAGCUCCACGCCAGGAACAACCACCACAACCUGGACAGCUGCUCCGUGUCCAGCUCCGGCUCAGCUGCCGAGGAGAAACCUCAGUACCACCUCCACGACGGCGACACGGACAGUGCAAAGUACAGUUCGCCACGUGGGGAGGAUGACAGAGAUUUCACCUUCAUGGAUGACGAUGACGAUGAGAUCCGGGUGUAGGCUAAACUGGUGUCACUGCCAAGAACAGUCUUGAGGGACACAAAUGGAGAAGAAGAGUCAUCAUAAGCUGGGAGAGGGAGGGAGUUAGAGGCUUCUUCUAGAUCAAUCUAAUCUCUGUACACUUUGUUCAACAUCAUAAAUAAAACCAAUUAAGCCUUAUUCACUGUGCUGUAGCGAGGAGAUGUGAGCUGAGUGCAAACGGACUGGCUCAUAAAGUGGCACCUUUUCGCAAAAUCAAAGUCUGAACUUACUAUUAUUGAGAAAUUCUCCAGUUUCGAAUAAUACUGGCUCCCGUGUUCCAACCUCGUCCUCGUCAAAGCAAAAAGAAGAAGAAGCAGCAGCAAGCCACUGGUUAUGAGCGCCGCACUCGUUUUAAGAAUUAAAGGGUGACUGUGAGGUUAGAGAACUGUGCCCCGGCUGUCAAUCACAUGAAUAUCACAUGUGGAGUGUGAUGUGUGAGGUGAGGGGAAGGAUACGCAAGGUCGUAAACACGGUGUGGAUGUGUACUACAGAUUCUCAACGAGGAAGAGGGGCAGAAGAAGAAGUGAAACUCGGAUAUCUGUGUGUGGGAGCGAUCAUGGAGCUCUAUUUGCCAAUGAUAAUGUUUUGCCAUAGACACUAAAUAGAUAAAGUAGUUGCUACUUUUGUCGACGUCUGACUUUGAGGGGUGAUUUCUGCUAUUUUAUUGACUUUUAUUUUAUGUAAGUUCAGUAUGUGGAAGUUGGUCUUCUGUUGUAGAGCCCGGUGUGUUUUCAGUGUGGUAGCUCAUCACGUUAGCGUCAUUCUGCCGCCGUCUGUCUUUGGCAACGUCUUAAUUCGUUAAAUUCACAGACGGCUGUGGUAUUUAUUCAUUUGUUUUCAUGAGGGAUGGUUUUAAUGUGCACUGUUAGGUCUUAAAAGUUCUGAUUUGGGGUUUUUCUGCUAUGUUAUGCAAACUUUUUUAGCGGUACUACAGAGUGAGCCAGCUUCGUUCCAGAGAAGUUCCCUACGUGGCACUUUUGGACUCGUAUGGACAUUAAAUUGUCCACGUCACGUCGCUCCGGCUAUCACUGUCAUGGUAAGGCUGUAUUAGCUGAUGCUUUAGUUUGUAAAAAAAAAAAAUGUGAACUGUCAAAAAAGAAAGAGGCCUUUUGUACGUGCUCUGGGUCCUGUGCUUUCUCGAACAGCACAGAAGUGGCGAUUGUGGCUAAUUAUGUGUAUUUCUGUGCCGUCACAUCUCAUUCCACAUCAUUACUGAGGUCGGCGGGGUUAGCAGGUCAGCAGAGAGUUGGAAAGGAGAGUUUGCAGUAGAGAAACGGUUGUAUGAAAAUGAAGAAGCGCGGCGAUAUCUCUGGACAUGUGUUCAGGCUUGUCUCUAUGGGAACAGAAAGGAUGGAGGAACAUGUACAAAGUGUUACUAGAGCGCAGCUGCUUCAUGGACGGGCAUCAGGUAUGUCUCGGGGCAGCGCAAGGGGCGGAUAUUUCCUGAACUGGCCCCACAAGUGGUAAUAUUCACCUCUUCUCCUCAACCCAAAUCGCACAGCGGGAACAGACGAUUAAAUCAACCAAUCAUGUGGCCGUUCCCAGUCUGCUCAUCAAACGUGCUGGAUUAUUGGCCCCCGACCAGCUGGAACUGCUCCAGGAACAGCAGGGUCAGGGACAGACAGGUGGGCUGUUUCUCUCCUGGCUUUUUUUUUUUUGUGUUGAGCCGGCUCGCUCGGUCGGCUCCUCCAGGUCACUUUCAGUUAUAAAUAAGGCGGGAAGACUAGGUGUGCUUUUCUCUGGUAUCCAUGAUUAAUGUCUGAC